CACGCGAGAUCAAAGUGUCACAGUUAACUUGUGAGUGUCCAUCCGUAAAAUGUAUGUGUUCGCUAUAUACAGUGCUCUGUGUUUAUUUUUUAUGAGACGAUACGAAGCGAGGUUCAUUAAUGUCAACAACUAUUUAUUGAACAGAAGUAAUAUACUUGCCGAAGAAUACGAACUUUCUCUCGGCGGUACGUUGAUUUUGAACGAGGAGGAAGAAACGGUCAAUAAGAUAUUAAUGCAUUGGAAGGAAAAAGAGUCCGAUGAAUUUUUCAACAAUCCACAAUACUUUAACUUUUCAAAACAUUAUUUUACUUAUAAAAAUCAUAUCUACAAAUCGAAGGUGUAUCAAAUUAUUAAGCGGAUGCCAAAAGGUGCUGCUUUGCAUUUACACAGUUCUCUAAUGCUACAUGUUGAUAAAUUGAUAGAAUUGACUUACGAGGACCACUUAUAUGCUUGUUAUACGGAUGACCAUUUAGAUUUACAAUUCUCCAUCACGGUUCCCGAACGACCUUGCCCGCUUGAGUGGAGUCUCCUAAGUGAACUUAGAAAUGCAUCAAAUGACAUUGAACUCUUCGACUCAAAAUUGAAGACUUUCUUUACAUUGUACACAGAAAAUGAGGAUAUUAUGAACUCUGAUAUUAAUUUUACAUGGAAUCGAUUUAAUAAAGUCAUUCACAAUAUCAAAUCUUUAAUCCGUUAUAGACCUGUACGCGAGAAAUUUUUCUACAAAGCUUUAAAGUCAUUUUAUGAUGAUAAUAUUAUGUAUAUUGAAAUAAGAACAGGAUUAAGCUACCUAUAUGAACUAGAUGGAACAAUACAUCAAGGGCUAUAUCUCGCGAAGUUAUAUCAACAAGUUACGAAGAAAUUUAUGGAAGAUUAUCCAGAUUUUGUUGGUGUUAAGAUGAUUUUGACACAUCAUCGUAAAGCGACGUUAAAUAAAAUUCAGACUGCCCUAGAAUUAGCUAAUAAACUAAAAGAUGAAAUGCCUGAGUUCUUUGCAGGUUUCGAUUUAGUUGGUCAAGAGGACAUAGGAAAGCCACUGUUUGAAUUCUAUCCAGCUCUGUUUGAAGCAAAGGACAGAAUAAAUUUCUAUUUCCAUGGUGGAGAGACUGACUGGUUUGGGACAUCUACUGAUGAAAAUUUGAUCGAUGCUAUACUCUUAGGAUCUAAAAGGGUAGGUCACGCUUUUGCCCUAAUUAAACAUCCUACAUUACUAAGAGAAAUAAAAGAGAAAGAUAUAGCGUUAGAAGUCAAUGUGAUAUCAAAUGUUGUCUUAUCUUUGGUUCAGGAUGUAAGAAAUCAUCCAUUAGCUUCAUAUUUAGCACUUGGUCUACCAGUAGUUUUAUCUAGCGAUGACCCAGGGGCUUGGGACGCAGAUCCUAUGUCCCACGACUUCUACUUGGCUUUCUCUGGAGUUGCUAGCAAACAUGCCGAUCUGCGUAUGCUCAAGCAAUUGGUAAUAAACUCUAUAAAAUACAGUGCGUUAAAUGAUAAAGGCAAAACAAAAUUAUUUAAAAUCUUUAACAGAAAAUGGGAGAAAUUUUUAAAAGAAGUUAUUGCCAUGAAUAAUUAGGUAUACCUAUUACAUAGUUGUAUAAAUUUGUACUAUUUAAUGUAACGCGUAAAUUAAAUUAUUUUAAAAUAUGGAUAAUUAAUUAAUAAUUUAGAAAGCGGAUAUCAUAUUUGGUACUCGGUGAAAUUUUGAAUAUGAAACUAGGCACACUGAUUAAAUGAAUAAUGUAAUGAUAAAAUGAUAAAUGUAAAUACACGUAUGAAAACAGCUUGUAAAUUAAGAUAUUCUCAUUAUCCACGUUAAUUAAGUAAUUGUAAAUAUAAUAGAUUUAAAUCAGUGAAGAUGACAUACCUUACAUCUAGUACUGAAUUUUUUAUAUAUAAAUUAACGCGUGCAAAGCCUCGAAUAACAGUCAGUAACACAAUUAUACGAAUAAGAUAACAUAAUAUAUUAUGAUAAAUUUAUAUAAUAUCACAAUUGACCUUUAUUGAGGUCUAGUAUUAAAGUUGGUAUUAAUUUAUGUGUGUUAUUUUUUGUUAUAAUUAAUAAGAUACCUACGUGUAUAAAACGACUAACGGUGCGCGAUUUCGAAUGAUUUUGGUAUUCGAAUAUUUAGUAAUUAGUAAUUUUAGUAUUCGAAUUAUUUUAUUAAUAAGUAAUUCGACCCAAACCACUAGUAAUGAAAACAAAAAAAAUUCCCUAUCAAUCACUACCUUAAAAAUAGCAAAUAGUGAACGACUAAAAAAAUCAAUUUCGUCAUUCCAGCAAUCGACUACGUUUGCUGACUACACUUUAUUACUUCAUUAACAGAUGAGUUCGAUACUUUUAAUUUUUAAAUACUAAAUAUAAACAUUACAAAGAAAAAGGCCAUUCUAGCGAUCGGGUCGAAACGCCUGCGUUCGUACCGACUUGUGCAUUGACAACUACUAAUGAAUUAUGUUAGCGAUUAGUAAAAGUGUAUAGUGAACGAAAUUAGUGAUCGAAUUAUUUAAAAAAAAUUCGAAUGAUUCGCAUGAAUUGCUCAGUCGAAUAAGUAGUACUCGUAUUAGUAAAUUCGCGCAUCGUUAAAAUCUUUAAUGAGUACGAUAAUAUAGGAAAUGUCAAAACAAGUAUGACUAGAUUUCCUAAAAUCCACACAUUUUUUUUUAAAUAAAAACACUAGCAUAUUUGUGCGAUUCAAAAUCAUGUCUCCUUUAUUACAAAUAAUGAUAUAUCUGCUUAGUAUUCAGAACACGGUUUUUAAGAGAGAUUAGCUAGAUAGGACAAAAUAGUUGUUAAGUAGAUUUAAUUAAUGGCGCAGAAAUGUAUAGACGUAGUGGACUUUUAGAUACGAAUUAUAGUAGGGGUCAGGACUUUUGCGUGUCAAUUUUUAGUAAUAAAAAAGUAUAAGAAUUUACUUCGAUUGAAUACUGGUUUAAAUUGAAAUUACUAGUAUUAUUUUAAAGAAGUACUCUAAUAGUGAAAUCGAGCACUGUUUUUAAAAAAAUAAAAAUAUGUGAUUCAAAAAGUAAGAAACAAUUUUGAGCUUCCUAUACUAUUACAUUGUAACUGGCUAUUACAUUAUGAAAUGAAAUGAGUUUAUUUGCAUUAAAGUCUUAAAAUUAUUGACGUACGCCACGUGGUGUUCAAUUCGGCACCUGUUUAAUUGCCUUAAACAUUAGGCAUGCAGAUAUUUUUAUUUUAUAAAAAUACUUUCUACUAUUAUAAUUCAUAAUAAUAUUAAUAUUAUAAUAUUUUCAAAGGAUUUCAAUUUGUUUGUGGGUUGAUAUCAAUAACUUUAACAUCAUGUUAAGGUGUGACCGUAGCUAGGAGGCGUUGGGCAUUGAGGGGCAAUGCCCUACCUAAAAAGGCCCAACACUCUACCUUAAAAUAAAAGGCUCCAAGAAAAUUAGACAGAUUCGCUUUUUCGAAGUCACUUAAUUAUAGCUUCUAUCCUACCAAAAAGUUAUAUUGACCUACCUUGAAUUUGGGUCUAGCUACGGCCCUGCGUUAAGGACAAUUUUAAAGAGCUUGUAAACAAAUGUAUGUAAAUAAAGAUAAUUUAUAUUCUAUUGUAAUUAGAUGUAAAGUAAAUGUAAAAUAUUUUCAUUAAAAAAUAUUUUGGAACAAUUAUUACUCUGUAAUUAACGUUAAUUUAGAAAUAAAUAGUGCUUCAGAAUCGACUACAUUCUCGAGUUUUCAUAUCCCAUAAAAAAUAUAAAAUGUAAAAAAUACCACUUUUUCCAUUACAAAAAGUUCAGAGAUCUUAUAUAAAACCAAAUUAGUUAUUUUAUUUUGUAUGUAUGGAAGCAUCUAUUCAACAACUUUGUUAUAAUUUAUUAUCAAAUUAAUUACCUAGGAACAUUUAUAGUGAUCGUAUUAAUAUUAGACAUCUUUAUUUCUAUAAGAAUUAUAAUGACUUGGCAAUUAAUUGUACGGCAACAUAAUCUACUAAUAAAGUAUUUUAUUCUUAAUUGCACUGUUUAGAUUUACUUAUUAAUCAAAAUAAUAGAUUUUAUUUAAUUUCAUUUUCCACGCUCAUUGAAUUCGUGUUUCUACCGCCACAGUUACCGUAACAGUUAUGCUAUGAAUGACAAUAAUUACUUAUGCAAUGAUAGCUCUAUUUCUGCUUGAAACGUUUAAACAGAAAAAUGUUAUAUGAUCAUAUUAGUUCUGUGUGGGGGGGGGGGGGGGAGGGUUGUUAGUAAUGUCUACCAGUCCCAUUACGAGCAAAGUAUUUUGUAAGGUCGACCAUCGAGCUGAAUUCAAGGACUAUUUAUCACAAUGGGCUAAUUGACCUGCCUUAUUUUCACUUAUCAUCCCUCACUGGUGGCUCACCAACGUAUACUGUUAGCGCAGGCGCCGUCACCAUUCCAUUAUCAUCUAUAAAAAAAAAAUAUGACUUCUGUUUAAAAAAAAUGUGCUUCUGUAAGACGUGCCGUCAGCUUAUUUGUAAUUUUAUUUUAAUAGAAAAGUGUUGUUUUCUCUGACGUUUGCGCAGGUCUAAUGCCGUCAUAUUGUGCAAUGUCAGCGUACUAUAGUUGCAGUUUACUGAUACAAUGGCCUUGUAGAAAUUGAGGUUUAUGUAUCAUAUAAAUAAGAAUAAAGUGCCAUUCACACACCUCCGGUCACAGUUCUGUCUGAGGCUUAGGGUUUCGAACAUUGAGCCAUUCGAGCACAUCUGGGGAAAACCAUCGUCACAAGCUUCAUAUCACCAUCAUCAUAUCAGCCGUUAACUGUUCACUGCUAAAUAUAGACCUCCCUCAUAGACUGCUAUAAGGAACGGUCCUGAGCCACUUGCAUGCAGCAUGCUGCGAACGCUGCCCAGUCGAAUUGGAUUCGUCGGUUGACCUCUCGGUCCGAGUUUUUUUUUUAUGGAUGAUAAUGGUAUGGUAAUUUCGCUUGCGCUAUCGGUAUACACUGGCGGGGCACCAGUGAAGGAUGAUAGGUGAGGACGAAGUAGGUCAGCUAGCCCAUCGUGACGAAUCAAUAAGAAUUGUUCACGAUGGUUUCCAGGGGGAACCACGUAGAGGUCGACCUAAUCGGGCAUAUUGCUAGCAAUGGGGCUAUCAAACUCCAUUGUUAACAAUCCCUUUCCCUCCUCUCGAUUGAAGUUGGACUUAUUGUACAUAGUCGGACAAAUCGUCACAUGUAUACAUACUCGUCGACAACUUCGAGCGUAAUGUUUUCAAUCAUAACCGGCAUAGGUAUAACAUGGAUGUUAGACAUGAUUUUAGUUUUGUCCAAGUAUGAAUACUAAUAUGUAUAUAAUACAAUGGAGUAAUAUAAACGAUGGUUCGUCUCAGAUCCUCUCCGGGUCCGUACGGCUCGGAGUUCGAUAACUCAUGCUUGCAGCACUGUGUGAAUGAUGUUUUAUUCUUAGGAUGCAAAUAGGGAUCAUGGUAUAACUAAAUAGUAAUUAAUGUAAUGUUCAUAUAUACUUUUUACACUUGUAUAUGUAUUAUUAUUAGGUAAGGUGCUUUUAAUGAUGUACAAUAAAUUGUUACUAUGUUUAAAGUGCUGAGAUAUUUCACAAGCUAACGCAUGUUAAUCUUUUUAUACCUGAUUGAUAUUCUGAGUUUAGUAUCAUAAUGUUUCUAAGAAAUAUUUAGAAAGCUUUUAAAUACUAACAAUGUAUGUACAUGUAACAAUAUAUGUAGAGCAUGAAUAUCAAAUAUAGUUAUGAAAUAUACGAAUAUUAUAUACGAGCUAUCACUUAUUAUUGUUUAUAUUGUUAUUCCAUUUAUAUUCUAGUACCUGUUUUAUUUAUAUUAUUGAAGGUUGACUAAAAGAAAAUGCUCUUAGCAUUAUGUCCGCCUUGUACACUUUAGAUGUGUAUUAAAAAAUAAUAAAUAAAUAAACAUUAAUAAAUAAUAUAAUUCAUAUA